AUGGUGAAGAAGGUGGAAAUCCAUGCACGGGUGCUGCGCCCCGGCGAGUCGAUAGCUCUCAGCUGCAAGUUUUCAGAGUUUGAGAUUGUGCUGUUCCGCCCGAGGCACCACGAUCGCACCAAACUCGCAAAGGCUUCCGCACUGAAAGCAGAGGUGACUGACAUUUCGCCUGUUGGAGACUCUUCUCAAGACUUCAUAAACCACGCAAGCGGCGCCAACAUCGCCACCAGCAAGUCAACAAUCCCGACCUCAUCAACGGGGAAUGAUGCAGGGCCCGCCGAAAAGAAAAGUGCUACCGGGUACUCGAUCUUGCGUCCCUCUGCGCUGGGGCUGAGGGACGCCAGCGGGAUAGUCGACGUCGACGAUCCGAGUGGGGCCCCUUUCGCACCGAGAGCGGUGGAGGGAGGGAAUGAGGUGAAAGCCCUGACCGACAUAGGCGCGGAUGCCCCGCUCUUUUUUGAUACGGCAGUGUGCAUUUUCUACGACGGGGUAAGUAAAAUGGACUACGUUUCCACAGGGCGCACCACCACCGAUUCCAAGGGACUUUAUUACAAACCGCACCUUGUCGUGCUGGGAACGGAGCCGGCCCCAGGUGGCUACUGCAACUUCAACAUUACCGGACCCAAAGGAGAGCCCUUGGGAGACGGCCAGGAUGACGCGUUCGACGAGGACUGCGGCGUCUUUGUCAAUCGCGCCGCCACGAGCAACGGACCCGUUGCCAUGGCAGCCGCGGACGGUGUGGAGGUGAAUCUGCGUCGCCUCGACACGUGCGCUGGGUUUCUUGUUUCUGCAACACUGUUCUCACAGGACAGGUGCUUGAGCCGGGAGCGCAAUGUGUUCUACAUGGUGAGGCGGGCGAGGAGCUCGACGCCGCUCUGCCUGGUGCCGCUGUGUAUUUACAGCACGCUCAGCAGCAGCUGCGUCUCUCUGAUGGUUCGCAAGGUUAGGGUUCACGGGGAGACUACGUGGGAGCUCGUGAACGUGAGCGAACCCCUGCUGUGUAAGGACGUGAAGGGUCUCAUCUUGAAGCUUCAAGAGCGAGGCUUAGCGGAUCCAGCUCAUUUUGCACGCGACUAUGAGGUGAAAGCUGUGGCUAACCGAGGUGGGGAUGGCAGCAGCGUAGGCACAGAGGAGGAUGUGGCCAGUGGCAGUGGGCAAAGCAGCAGCAGCGAGCUGCACGCCUCAGCCUCGCAUAAGCGUCUCAGCUAUACUUUUGAGCAGGAGCAGAGUCUGACGUCUAUGCGUGCAUCGCUGACAGGUGAGCGUCACUGCCCACCCCCACAUAACCGUAGCAGCCGCACCUUCUCCACUUUACUCAGCGACGUGCCGCGAGUGGUCCGAGAGGGGAGACGCCAAUACAACGUUGGCAGAUCUCACGUGCAGACAAACUUAUUUGACGGGGACACUUCUGAAGAGGACGAAGUGCUUGACGACGCGAUGCGGGCGGUGGUGCCCCGCUACGCAGAUGCCUCCCUUGUGCGGUACGAGCACGGCGCCUACAACAUCGGGUCAAGGGUGGGGAACCUUGUUACGCACUACGUCAGCCAUCGUGAGACGUACGGCUUCGAUGCGGCCAGUCAGCGUUUGGCCCGUGGCGGGCGGCUAGGAGGUUCGAGAGACGAGCUGCUUCCAUCUCUCGGUGCGCCGCGAGCGCGCUCCUCGGGAGACUUGGUGACACUGCUUCCGGCGCUCGAUCGCUGCCAGCCAGAUGAUAGCGAGUUUGCUGCAAGACCCGAGCUUCCCGCAGACCUCCUGCUCACUUCGCUAGACAGGCAACUUGCUGCCAGAGCGCAGCAGCACAGCAGCUCCAUAAACGCGAAUAUGAAGAAGCGGCGAAGCACAGUCGGGCGAGCCCGCCAUAGCUCGUCGCUUCGAAGGUCAAGGCGUCGCAAGGGGAGCAAGCGGUCUCCUUCAGCGCGUGCUAGUGGAAGGAGCCGAUCGCAUGCGAAGAAGAAGGGAGGCGGGAAGAAAACUAAGGGGACGCGUGGGUCGGAGUCCGCGUCUGGUAUCCCAGGGCAUCGCAGCGUGAGUGCAAGCCCCCAGCGCUCCUCGUCGUCCUCAUCGGCGCACAAGCUGAAGGCACGGAAAAUGCAAAGCCGCGUUUCAAGCGGCAAGUCCUGA